AUGAUUCGAUCUAUCAAAAAAACAUUAUUAAUAUGGUUAAUCUUGGUAAUAUGUACCGUAGUAAUUCAUUCCAAACAAAUAUUCAGUAAAAACUAUUCUAGAGAAACUCCAAAGAAAAAUCUUUGUCGUUCAUUCGUAGAUAAUUUUGACACUGAUAAAAUUGUUUAUAAAGAUGAUUAUGUUGGAGGUCCUGAUUCUGCUAAUUGGGUUGAUAUUAGUGAAGCUAGAGGUGCUUACUCAAUAAGUUCCGGUAAACUAAAAGCCAUUUUGCAUAAACCUAUAGGAGGUCAGAAUAGAACAAAAGAUGAAGAUGGUAUAUGUAAUACAAAUAUAGGAAAAGGUCUUGAACUUAAUAGUACUUAUAUGAUGUUAUAUGGCACUGUCAGUGUCGAAAUGAAAGCCUGUGGAGUUGGUGGUGUUGUCACAGCUUUAUGUACAAUGUCCGUAGAUGGAGAUGAAUUCGAUUGGGAAACUGUAGGAAAAGACGUAGAACACGCUCAAACCGACUAUUUCUACCGAGGUCUUCACAAAACUGGAAUCGACGGGAUCAUCCAUUCAUUCCCUGAUUGUGGAACUAUUGACUCUGACUUUCACACAUACACACUAGAAUGGGGUCCAAAAAGAACAAUAUGGUCAAUCGAUGGUGUUACAGUUCGUACCUUGGAAAAAUCUUCAACUUUUGAAGAUGGUAUAUAUAAAUAUCCAAGUAAACCUUCAUAUAUUAAAUUGGGUCUCUGGGAUGGCAGUGGUUGUAAUGGAACCGCUCAAUGGUCUAAUGGUCCUAUAAAUUGGGAUGAAAGUCCUGACACGUAUAUAUCAUAUAUUAAGAGAGUUGAAGUCACGUGUAAUCCUAAAUACAAUGAUAUUGUUGUUGACUGUGACUGUGACGAUAAAUAA